AGCCAUGACAUCAGCCAAUAAGAUCCUUGCUCUAAACGGAAGUAAACAGUGAACAAGUUCUACGUUAGCGUUUUUGUUAUUUAUAAGUUCCUUAAACACUGGUACUCAACGUGACUCAUUUAACUGCGCAGCAUCAUAUACUUACCACAUUUAGUGUUUAAUUCGCUUUAGAGACAGGACAUGAUAGGUGUUCCAGGUAACGCUAGCUAGCUGCUAACAAUGGCUAACUGUAUGGGGUUUCACACUCAAAUAGCCUCCAUCAUGGAGGUACUAGCGAAUGCAGCCGUGGCAGAGGUAUGUAAACUCGUAGAUGACGACUAUGCAGUGUUUCGUUUGGAAAUAACUCAAAGCCAGAAAGAAAACAUGGCAUUGCGCAGGAAACUACAGCUACUGGAAGUGAAGGUGGCACGGGAGCGCGUCCUCGCCAGUCGUCCCAGAAGUGUCAAGAUCGUCGACCGAUACAGAGGAAUAGAAAGAGGUGAAGGACAUCUCACUAGAGGCCACAAGAGCUUUGUGAAGCCAGCGGGACACAAUGCGUGGAGAGAUGGCCAACUCAUAGCUGUUGAUGAGGGGAGUGGAACCUCAACCCAGCACGCUAUCAUGAUAGAGUCUACAGAUGCAGAGGCUGCAGGUCCUGGAGGAUUGUCUCUGGUCAAGCAGGAGAGGACUGAAGGAGAGGACCCACAACACAGCAGAGACAUCCAGACUGGAGCAGCGGCUGGAGCGCCCCCUGUAGCCACGGUAGACCAUAUCAUCACCCCGGCGCAUCUCUGGACCCGAAGCAGAAUCACGGAGGUCAGUGGAACGCCGAAUGCAGUCCUCAAGUCAGAGAAAGACAUCAAGACUUUAACUGUAACACAAAGGCUGUUACACACAGGAUCUGACCACAGAUCAGACCCAGAGAGACUGGGGCCGGGGAGACCGGGCUGUCCUCCUGCUCCUGGCUCAGAAUAUUUACCGGUAUUUCAACAUAGCCAAAGGGCGGUUAAUUCCCAUGGAGAUGGUGAUGCGUUAGCCACUGGCGGUGAUGAUCUGUCUUGUUUUUACACUACAGAGAUGGACCCUGGAAACAUGCCCUUGGGUUUAGAGACACAGACUGAUCUUUCUAGAAGGGACUGGAACCAGUACAGUAGUAGUGUAUACUCUGAAGGGCGCCUAGAUGAGAAAGGGGAGGGUCUGGUCAUAGAUGAAGUGACUAUGAAAGUGGAGGGUGACGUUCCUCCCACAUGGAAUGCAGAUAAUCAUCACCUAGGAGAUGGACACUUACAGGGCAGAGAUUUCUUAAAUUACAGGGAAAGGUUAGAGACAAAUCCAAAUGGCUCUACCCACUCUCCUUUACACACGUUCAGGGAUCGCGCCCCAGUGUCCACGUCGAUGGGGCCUUCCGAUUCACACGGCCGCUUCCUUUUCGACAGGGCUAGAGCCCAGGCUCAGGGAGGGGGAGAAACGUCAGGCAGUAGUAAGGGAAAACGGUUCCUCUGCAUGUUCUGUAACAAAGGCUUCAGCUGCCCCCAGAAGGUAGAGAUCCACCAGAGGUUCCACACAGGGGAGAAACCCUUCAGUUGUACCCAGUGUCACAUGCACUUUGCCCAGGCUGGUGACCUGAAGAGGCACCAGAGGAUCCACACAGGGGAGAAACCCUACAACUGCCCCCAGUGUGAGAAGAGGUUCUCCCGCCAGGACCACCUGAAGAUGCACCUGAAGGUCCACACGGGAGAGAGGCCGUUCGCCUGUACGCACUGCGGGAAAAGGUUCUCAGAGAGGAGCUACCUCAGGAUACACCAGGAGAAAAACCAUUCUACUCUAUAACAUAGAAAGUAACCAUUCCACUCGAUAGCUUCUGACGUUUAGCUCAAACCCUGCAUUAAAGAAAAAGAUGCAUUUUUAUUGUUGUCAGCAGAAAAGAUCCACAGAUGCAUUUGGAAUAAUGAGAGUAACAGAUUUCAGUGUUGAAUAUUCCAGGGUAGAAUAUUGCAUACAGACAUUGUGUGGUAGAUACAUCAUAUAUAUAUAUAUACACAGUGUACAAAACAUUAGGAAAACCUGCUCUUUCCAUGACAGAGUGACCAGGUGAAUCCAGGUGAAAACUAUGAUCCCUUAUUGAUGUCACUUGCUAGAUCCACUUCAAUCAGAGUAGAUGAAGGGGAGGAGACAGGUUAAUUAAUGAUUUUCAAGCCUUGAGACAUGGAUUAUGUGCCACUGCCAUUCAGAGGGUGAAUGGGCAAGACAAAAUAUUUAAGUGCCUUUGAAUGGGUUAUGAUAGUAGGUGCCAAACGCACUGGUUUGUGUCAAGAACUGCAACGCUGCUGGGUUUUUCACACUCAACAGUUUACAAUGCCUAUCAAGAAUUCUCCACCACCCAAAGGACAUCUAGUCAACUUGACACAACUGUGGGAAGCAUUGAAGUCAACAGGCCAGCAUCCCUGUGGAAUGGAGAGUCCAAAAGGGGGUGCAACUCAAUAUUAGGAACGUGUUCCUAAUGUUUUGGACACUCAGUGUAUGUUAAUGUCAUUAUUUGGCAACAAUUACAUCAGACGUAUCUGAUUCAAUUAAAAUUUGUUUGUCAAUGA